CGGCGGACUUGGAGACGUCUCUUAGAUGGCCAUUGUGGCGUUGUGAAUGUCAAACCGCGUGAUGCGAGGUUCGCGGACCUACCGUGUCAGAUUGCUGCGGUUGUUCCCCAGGGUUUGCGGCAAGAUGGGAAAUGGACUGCCUCGGAGUGGUUGAGUAGAGAUGACGAGCGGAAAAUGGCCCGGUUCGCCCAGUUCGCCUUGGCUGCUUCGGAAGAGGCUUUGGAGGAUGCGGGGUGGAAGCCAACCGCGGCUGAUCGACGAGAGGCGACAGGUAUUUGCUUAGGAUCCGGCAUCGGGAACUUUGAUGAGAUUUAUGAUACGGUCGUAGCAUAUGAGAAGGGGGGCUACCGAAAGGUGUCACCCCUGUUUGUGCCAAAGCUGUUGAUCAAUCUGGGGGCCGGCCAUAUCUCCAUGAAGUAUGGCUUUAUGGGCCCCAAUCAUGCCGCCACCACUGCAUGUACCACCGGAGCACAUUCCAUCGGCGAUGCCGCUCGCUUCAUUGCCUUUGGGGACGCAGAUGUGAUGCUUGCGGGUGGCGCAGAGUCCUGUAUACAUCCACUGGCUGUGGGCGGGUUCGCUCGAGCGCGCAGCCUCGCAACAAGCUAUAACGAUACCCCCGAGAAAGCCUCCCGACCAUUCGAUGCAGAUCGCGAAGGUUUCGUUGUUGGGGAAGGCGCAGCUAUGUUAGUUUUAGAGGAACUAGAACAUGCAAAAGCUCGAGGCGCUCGUAUCUAUGCCGAACUAAGAGGCUACGGCUGCUCUGGCGACGCACACCACAUGACAGCCCCCAAGGAAAACGGCGAGGGAGCACUUCUAGCCAUGAGAAAGGCCUUGAAGCACGCUCAAUUCCAGCCCUCGGCUGUUGACUAUGUGAAUGCGCAUGCGACAUCGACUGUCGUCGGAGACGCGGCGGAAAACGCAGCGAUCAAGGCCCUCCUCCUGGGUCCGGGUGGUAAGCAAAAUGCGUCCGAUGUGAAUAUCAGCAGCACAAAGGGAGCUGUGGGGCAUUUACUUGGUGGUGCGGGGGCUAUUGAGGCGCUGUUCACCGUUCUUGCUAUCAGCGAGAAUGCUAUGCCCCCAACGAUCAACCUAGAGCGCCUUGCGGAUGGAUUCGACUGCAACUACGCCCCGAAUCAAGCACAGGAGCGCCGUAUCGAUGUCGCCUUGACCAAUAGCUUUGGCUUUGGCGGGACAAACAGCAGUCUCUGUUUCUCUCGACCUGACAUCUAA